AUGCUUACUAGUAAUAGUACUUUUGGUGUUACGGUUCCCUUUUUGAGUUUGUUGCAGUAUUACCUGAGGACAGGGGGAUGUAAGUUUGGAAAAGCUUGUAGAUAUAAUCACACGAAGGCUAAACCUUCUGCAGUUCCAGUUCUAGAGCUCAACUUUCUUGGCCUGCCAAUCCGAAUGGGAGAGAAAGAGUGUCCCUACUACAUGCGGACUGGCUCAUGCAAGUAUGGAGCAAACUGCAGGUUUAAUCAUCCUGAUCCUACAGCUGCAGGGGGAUAUGAACCUCCUUCAGGAUAUGGAAGGGGAUCUGUUCCAUUACAAGGUGCAUCACAAUCAAAUAUGGCAUCUUGGUCUUCACCAAGAGCAUUGAAUGAGCCUGCUCCAUUUGUGCCUAUUAUGUUUUCACCAACUCAAGGUGUUCCCCCAAAUCCUGAAUGGAAUGGAUAUCAGGCUGAAGUUUUCUUCAGAUGGUUGAAACAUUCUGAAAGCUUCUGA